GCUACCCAGCAAUUUAUCUUUGUUAUUUUCUUCUAAGCAUUGCUUCUUGAUUAUGAACAACUUGUCUCUCUUACACACACGCACUGUGAAAAACCAUCUUGUUCUUGUUGGGUAUCACUUGGGUUUUUUGAUUUUUAGAUUCUAUGUUGUUGUAGCCACCGUAAAUGUUUCUGACAGCAUCUUAUAAAUUGUAGCGUUGUGGUCUGUUCUGGCUUAGCUUUGAAACAAUUAUCUGAUACUUAUGUUGUGUUUGGUUAGGGAGAAUGGAAGGGAAUGAGUAUAAUUACUUGAAACUAAUAGAGAUAGGAGGGAAGAUUUGAAAAAAAUCAAGUGAGUGCAAAAUUGGUAUGAUGAGAUUCGAGAAGAAAUUGGGGGUAGGAGAGAAUGGAGCUUUACAUCUCAAAUUGAAGGUUUGAUCUCUGGCACAUGAUGUAAGGAAUGGAAUGGUGGAAGGAAUGGAAUUUCUUAAUAAUUGCCCAUAACAUAGUUCAUUUUUCGUUCCAUUCCUUACGGAAUCUUCACCCCAACGAAAAACAACAUUAGAGUUUUUUUAUCUGAUAAUUUGUUUACAUUUAAGCUAUUAUCUUUUUGGACAUGUCAAUAUCUCAGUUGAUAAUGUAUUGUGUAUACAUUAUAUUUGUAUACCAAUAAUAUUUGAAGUUACAUGUGACUAGAGUAAUGUUGUUUUUUGUUGAGAUAAGUAACUGAAACAACUAAAAGUGCCCUUGUCAAUGGACAAGUUGGAUUGAAGGUUUGAAGUUUUUAAUUAAUAGACCAAUAGACCAACCGACUUAAUUAUGAGCUGUAACUUGCAAGUGAAUUUGACCGACUCAUAAAUGUUGGACAAACAGCUUACUAAAAGAGGCCCUAAUCUCAUGCUAAGGAGGGUAUCUGAUGCUCUUAGGCCAUGUUUGUUUGGCCAUGUUUGUUUUGGUGGAUUAUGAUCCCUGGACACUGACCUUGUUUUCUCUAAAUUUGAAGGAUUUUAGUCCCAUGAAAUUAAAUUUCAAUCAUCUUUUUGAUUCAUUUCAUAUUAUAAUACCUUCUCUCACAAGACAUUAUAAUCCCAUAGAAAUGAGCUAGAAAGAUGAUCAAAAUAUGAAUUAUGGGAUUAUAAUGCAUUGUAUUUAUUACAAUCCGUGGAUUACAUUCCCUCAAAACAAACAUGAACUUACUAUGAAUUAUUUUAGUAUCAUCUUGUAAUGAUAUAGGUUUUUUCUUACUAUUUAUGAGAAUCAUUCACAAUAGCACAUGAGUUCCUUUAGGUCCCUCUACAAGUGGUAAUAUAUUGAAUUGAUCAAGUAGAAAGAUGAUAAGUUUGCUGAGUUAUUUGAUGUGCCCAUUUAGUAAUUUAUGGUAUUGAUAUACAAUGAUGGUACCAAUGCUUGGUUGGUACUUCUCAAUACCUUUCACCAUUUCUGUUUUUUUCCUUGGACAUAAAAGAACUUUGUCUUCUUCUGCUUCUUAUUAAAUGUAUUAUAUUGUUUGUGAUUAUGUGAACCCUUGUGAAAACAUUAAGUUAUUAUAUAAAAUAUUAUAUUCUUGGCAGUUUGAUCCCAUGGGUCUCUGGUGGCCGAAUUUGGUAGCUAUAUAUUAGUGUGUUUUUUCCAUAGUAAAGUUAUUGUACAUACCGGUCAAGCUGGAGCAAUGAUGUAUCUGUUAGGCCAUGUAGAUUGUGAUUACUUUUGCAUGGAGUCCUGGCCUUUAAUCACUUGGGGAUGUUUGAUUUAGCUUCUAUCUUGCUAUUCUUGUUAUGUAGAAAACUCAUCAUAUGUGGUGUUGAAAACAAAGUGUCUUUACAACUUAGUAAAAAAGAAAGUGUCUGUACAUUAUGUGGUCGAUUAAUAUCUUGCAGCUGCAUAAUAUAUUCGCUGAUUUUUUAUUAAAUACUUCUAGGUAUGGAGGCUCUAGCUGCACGAAUAACUCAAAUGACUUUGUUUGUUUGUAUGUUAUUACAAUAGCAAUGACUCUUGCACCACCUUAUUUUUUAUGUAUCAAGUGAUUUGUUUUCACUUAAUAUAACAAUGACUCUUGUACCCGCUUAUCUCUUAUGUAUCAAUUGAUUAGUUUUCAUUAGUUUGACUUCUUGCAUCAGGGAACUUGACAAUCUUGUUAUACUUAACUUUUCAGUUAGCUUCUUGGUAUUGCAUUUUAAAUGUUUCCAGCAUAAUGGGCUGCUUUUCCUCGAAGAAAACAAAAUACACCCCCGGUUAUGAGGAGCCAACUGUUCUUGCAUCUGAAACAUCCUUUUCAGUGAGUGAAGUUGAGGCCUUGUAUGAGCUAUUCAAAAAACUAAGCAGGUCGAUUAUUGAUGAUGGACUUAUACACAAGGAAGAGUUUCAGUUUGCUCUUUUCAGGAACAGAAACAAGAAAAAUCUCUUCGUCGACAGGAUUUUCGACUUGUUUGAUAUAAAACGCAAUGGAGUUGUAGAUUUUGGGGAGUUUGUUAGGUCAUUGAGCAUAUUUCAUCCAGAUGCCCCAGUAUCUGAGAAAAUUGCUUUUGCAUUUAAGUUAUAUGAUCUAAGGCAGACGGGGUUUAUUGAGAGAGAUGAGGCAAGUAUACAAGUUCUUCGGUUGAAGGAGAUGGUGGUGGCCCUAUUACAUGAGUCAGAUCUGAUCCUUUCGGAAGAUUAUGUAGAAACAAUCGUGGAUAAGACAUAUACAGAUGCAGAUACCAAAGGUGAUGGGAGAAUAGAUCAAGAAGAAUGGAAGGAAUUUGUACUAAAAAAUCCAUCUUUGAUAAAGAACAUGACCUUACCAUAUUUGAAGGAUAUAACUUUGGCUUUCCCCAGUUUUGUCCUAAACUCAGAAGUUCCCGAUUCCGAAGUGUAGACUGGUGGCCAGGUUGAUUUCUGGAUCACACUUGUUCACACAUCCACAUCUGCUUUUAUUACUUGACCUGCACUCCGUGGAUAAGAUCAGAAGAGCUUUGGUUUCUAUGGUGACUAUCUUUGAACCGUAUAAGAUCCUUAGUGCCUAAGGCAGUACUGUUUGCCGAGCAAUGAGUUUGGAUUCACAGACUCAUAAUGGGACUCGCGAGUUAGUUUCUUACUGUAGUUCCUUGUAAAUUGUACAUUCAAAUUGAUAGAUAGGGACCUUAAAUGGUCCGAAUAAAUUUGGAAAAUUUUAGCUA